GCUUAGUAGCUGAGCAGAAUUGAGUGGUCCCUUAUGCUGUGCUCUCUGUCCUGCGGCUGGAUGCUGUGGAGGGUGCUCAGGCAAGCUCCGAAGUUGUGACAUGGAUGCAUUGACUUAUGAUGAUGUGCAUAUGAACUUCACUCAAGAAGAAUGGGCUUUGCUGAAUGCUUCACAGAAGAGUCUCUACAAAGAUGUGAUGUUGGAGAACUACAGGAACCUCAUUGCUAUAGGCUAUAAUUGGGAAGACCAUAAUAUUGAAGAACAUUGUAAAAGUUCCAGAAGACAUGGAAGGCAUGAAAGAAGUCUUACUGGAGAGAAUCCCUAUGAAGGCAUUCAGUAUGAUGAAGCAUUUCUGCAUCACAGUAGACUCCAAAUGCAUAAAAUAAUACAUACUGGAGAGAAACACUACAAAUACAAUCAAUGUAGUAAAGCCUUUGCAGGACACCAUACUCUCCAAAUACAUAAAAGAACAUCUACUGGAUUGAAAAUCUAUGAAUGUAAGCAAUGUAGUAAAUCCUUUGCCUCUCAUGAUCAAUUUAAAAAACAUGAAGGAAUUCAUACUGGAGAGAAACCUUACAAAUGUGAUCAAUGUAGUAAAGGCUUUGCACAACACAGUCAUCUUAAAAAGCAUAAAAUAACACAUACUGGAGAGAAACCCUACAAAUGUAAUCUGUGUGGUAAAAGCUUUGCAUAUCCUAAAUCUUUGCGAGUACAUAAAAGAACACAUACUGGAGAGAAGCCCUAUGAAUGCAAUCAAUGUGGCAAAGCCUUUGCAUAUCAAAGUUCUUUCCAAGUACAUAAAAGAAUACAUACUGGAGAGAAACCUUAUAAAUGUAAUGAAUGUGGUAAAGCCUUUGCCCGAAACAGUGAACUCCGAAUACAUGAAAGAAUUCAUACUGGAGAGAAACCUUACAAAUGUAAUCAGUGUGGUAAAGCCUUUGUACGUCACGAUGCUCUUCAAAGACAUGAAAGAAUACAUACUAGACUGAAACAUAAAGAAUGUAAUCAAUGUAGUAAAUCCUUUGCUUCUCCUGCUCAACUUCGAAAACAUGAAAGAAUUCAUUCUGGAGAGAAACCUUACAUAUGUAGUCAAUGUGGUAAAGCCUUUGUCCGUCAAUAUGAUCUUCAAAGACAUGAAAGAAUACAUACUGGAGAAAAACCAUAUGAAUGUAAGCAAUGUAGUAAAUCCUUUGCCUCUCAUAAUCAACUUCGAAUACAUGAAAGAAUUCAUACUGGAGAGAAACCUUACAAAUGUAUUCAAUGUGGUAAAGCCUUUGCACAACUCAGUCACCUCAAAAUGCAUAAAAUAACACAUACUAGAGACAAACUCAAUGAAUGUAAGCAAUGUAGUAAAUCCUUUGCUUUUCAUGGUCUACUUCGACUACAUGAAAGAAUUCAUACUGGAGAGAAACCUUACAAGUGUAUUCAAUGUGGUAAAGCCUUUGCACAACACGGUCAUCUCAAAAUGCAUAAAAUAACACAUACUGAAGAGAAACCUUACAAAUGUAAUCAGUGUGGUAAAGGCUUUGCCUAUCAUAGAACUUUCCAAGUACAUAAAAGAACACAUACUGGAGAGAAGCCCUAUAAAUGUAAUCAAUGUGGCAAAGCCUUUGCAUAUCAAAAUUAUUUCCAAGUACAUAAAAGAAUACAUACUGGAGAGAAACCCUAUGAAUGUAAGCAAUGUAGUAAAUCCUUUAUUUCUCAUGCUUCACUUCGAAAACAUGAAAGAAUUCAUACUGGAGAGAAAACUUAAUAUAGACAAUGCGGUAAGGUCUAUUCACAAUCAAGUCACCUCCAACUACAUAAAAGAACACAUACUAAAGAGUAACCCUAUGAAUAUAACCAAUGUGAUCUUAAAAGGUGUGGUGGUUUAAAUAGACUUGGCCCAUGGCAAGUGGCAGUAUUAGGGAGUAUGGCCUUUCUGGAGUAGAUGUGGCAUUUGAGAAAGUCUAUCACUGUGGGCUUGGAUUCUGAGAUCCUAUGCUAAAGCUCCACCCAAGGCAGAAGAUGUCGAAUUCUUGUCUCCUCCAGCACCAUGUCUGCUUAGACACUGGCAUUU